CGGGUCACGCAAGACAAGGUAAGGUACUGUAGGUGGGCAGUGUGGUCCCUUUCAAGCAUCGACUUCCAACUUUUAGCGCAGACGCUCGAUUCUUUGGGACCCGGGCUCAGUCUUUUGACGUGAGAAACCUUGAUUUUUGUGGUGUGACGGGGACAGGACUUGACGUUCAUCCUUCAGGUUUUUGACAUGUCAACUUCCACAACUUCUUGCUUGUUGUGAUUUCCAUCCACGCUUGGACCAGAAUUUUGGAGAUUGUCAACACUUGCAGAAACAUCCACGAGCCUUGCCCAGUCCAUCACGUCCCAUUUAUACUAUCGCCGUCGGGAGUUCAACGUUCAGAAGACUCCAACCUUUUGCGGGACUGUGGUGGGAUCGGGACUCGACAUUCCGACAAUUGGAGACGUUUGGUGGUUUUUGGCUGAUCGAAUUUGAUCGGCUUCGUCUGGAAACUCAAAUCUGUCAACCAGCAGGUUCUGGUGCACCUGUGGAAGCGUUCAUUCAGCAACACAACUUUGGUAAGACAAUAUUAGUUUGUCAGUCUUGAUAUCUCGACAUUGGUUGGGCAAUGGAUCAACUUCACCUAUUCUCGGGGUUCUUGCAUGACUCUAAGGAUCUUGAUAUGUUGUUUGGAACAGCCUGGUCGUUUGAUGCAUGAAUCUGGAAAAACGACGCAAAAUGAAAAGUGAAUUGGAUGAUAGAGACGGCAGGAACGACUCCAUCGCUCUUGCCGUUUCGGCCAUUCAACAACUCAUGGCGCAUCCUAUCGUCUCUUUUUUUGGCUCCAUUUCAGAUCUCGACUAACAUUCCUAUCAUCCUAGAUUGGACAGUCGUUGUGACCGACAUAUACCUAUCAUAAUCCGAGACAUAUUGAUCCGAUCAUUCUUCGGCACCUUUCUUUUCUCAAGGGGUUGACAUAUCGCCUUGCAAGCCAGCCAACAUGGUGACCACCACCAUCAGAUUCAGCCGACCGGAUGUGCAACCGCCGGUAUACGUGGCGGGCAGCUUUUCGAAAUGGUCUCCUAUCGAGAUGAAACUCGACACCAACGAGUCUACCGAAUCGACGAACAAUCACUUUUCCUAUCAGACUGAUCUCGAACCGGGAAAGUAUGAGUUCAAAUUCAAACUCGGUCCAGGCGACUGGUGGGUGCUGGACGAGUCAAUGCCUUCCGUGACCGAUCCAGCAGGAAAUGUCAACAACCUCUUGAAUGUUGAAGAAUCCAAGCCCACAGAAGAACCUUCGAACAUCGACUCAGCCAAUGUUCUGCCUACGGCUCCCCAGGAAAUCCCUCAACCAUUGCCAUCCACUGUCGUCAAGGACGACAACGUCAACGUCAAAUCUCAUUCCAGGUCCCCCUCACAGUCCCAAUCCCAAUCCAACAUCGGCAAAAGAAUUGUCGCAGACAACUCAGAGCCCAAGGCUGCUGUGAUUGUAUCUGAUGAGAAACCUGAAAAGGUAACCCCUGAUGUGGAAUUUGGAGAUGGUAGCAAGGAUGAUACCAUUCCCGACGUUGCACCUCCUCCAUAUUCGCCCCCGCUGGUCGAGGGCGGUCCCGAACUGACUUCUUCUGCGUUGAAAUCAGAAUCUGCCUCUAUGGAGGAUGCUAAUGGCAGGGACAACUCUCGAACUCAUAGCGUCAAGAGCCCUGGUCAAGGGAAACGUGGCUCUCAAUCGUGGAUUGACAGCUUUGGCGGCGGAAAUGUGGCAUUGGUCGUUGCAGCAAUCAUUAUUCCAGUGGCUGUUUCUUAUCUUUGGUAUCGCUAAGAAUCGAAUUCGACAUCCCUUUUCGGCGGCAAAAAUGCAGCAUUGAAACCGACAUAAACGAACGGAAGAAAGAAAGAUGGUUCUUGACUGCCGCCGAAGAAAGGGGGCGUUGUAAUAUAUCAAUUCAACGAAAUCAUGGGUUUGGACGUUGUGCAUCACAUCAUUGUCUCCUAUAUUAAUUAAAAUGUACAAAAGGGUAAUUCCUCCCUCUAAUUGCCUUGAAUAGCAAGACUGCCUGAAAUGCACUCUACGUCUUGCACUGCUUUUAUGAAGCCUGGGUUUCGUUCUAGGCCGGUUUUCUAUCCUUUUGAUUCUAUACUUUUGAUUAUCUCCAGGUCAGCUCCCUAGAUAUCAAUCACAAGCCGAUCAGAAUCCGAGCGAAAUCC